AUGGGUUGCGCAAAGAGCCUUGAGGAACGAAGGCCGAAGAUUGGAGAGACAAACAAGACAAAGACAGGAACCCCGGACCAGCAGUGGCCGAUAGUCGUCUGCCUUGAUAACACUGCGGCUAUAAGAGCCAUACGAGGCAGCCCAUCGAUCUCGUCGCAAGCGGCUGCGGAGAAGUUCGCUGAGGCCGCGGCUCGACACGGAGAUGUCAGCACGCGUUGGUGCCCCGGCCAUACGGGGAUCGCCGGCAACGAGCGGGCCGACCAGCUAGCAAAGGAGGGCUGCCGGGCCGAGGGUCCGGACAGAUCGCCGACCUACGCGAACAUCAAGAGACAGGCCAAGGCUGCGGCCAGGCGCGACUUCCAGGACUGCAAGCACCAAAAGGCAGACUUUGGAGAGUUCGUCUCCUCUGGGAAGCUGGUCUCGAAUAACGGCAUGCCUCGCGCUGCCUCGCCUUCUGCCGCCUCGCGGCAUCGCCUUCUUCUGCCGCCUUUACUGGCUGGCCUCGACUUCUGCCGCCUCGCGGCCCCGACCUCUUCUGCCGCCUCGCGGCCCGACUUCUUCUCGCCCUUCCUGGCACGCCUCGCGCUGCCUCGCACCCUCUGCCGCCUUUACUGGCUGGCCUCGCCUUCUGCCGCCUUGCGGCUCUGCCUCCUUCUGCCGUCUCGCGGCUCCGAACUUUGCCGCCUUGCGGCCCUUUCUGCCGCCCAGCGGCCACGACUUCCUCUGGACUGGUGGGCCGCGGGGCCCUGA